UAUUCCCCUUUACAUCAUAUACUAUCCAUACUCUCUGUAUCCGAAACAACCGCACACAAGAUAUGGAGGGAAAAAAAUAUAUGACAUCUAGCUCAUAGUACAUUCCGUCCAACUCGCGUAUCCGUAUUCUCUUUGUCUCCCAUGGCUCUCUAUAAAAAGCAACCAACCAAGCAUUCCAUAAAACAACUGUCCGAGCUCACUACCAUGCCUACUCCUCUCUUAAUUGGAGUUGGUAAAAUGGAGAGAAGGCGGUCGGAGCAGCGUGGCGGCAAUGGCGACGGCGAGGUUCAGCUGCCGGAGCUCCCGACAGAGCCAUUGGAGUUCCUGGCAAGGUCAUGGAGCGCCUCCGCCCUCCAAGUCUCCAAGGCUCUCGCUCCACCUACUCCCAAGCUUCCUACUACUACUACUGCUACUACUACUGCUACUAAUGGUGGUUGUAGUAGUAAUAGUGACUCGUCUUUCUCUUCUGUGGUCGAAGAUGUCACCGGAGGCGGUGACGUUGAGACUGAGGACUCAGCAGCAGCAGCUAUUCCUGGAAAUGGGAACCCACUACUAUCUUUCUCCUUUGCUUCUUCUGCAACUUCUCAGCUUGUCCUUGAACGCAUUAUGUCUCAAUCCGAAAUAUCACCGUUAACAUCGGGGAGGCUUUCACACAGUAGCGGACCAUUGAACAGUUCCCAUGCAGAAGAGACAGAUAGCGCUCCUGUUUCCCCCUCUGACGAUUUCGAUGAUGUCGUCAAGUACUUACGUUCAAACAACAGUCUGCAACCUUUAUUCACUGGUAAAAACAAUGUUGGUGGCGGUGGCGGUGGCGGAGUAAGCACACCAAGUGGAAAAACAGUAGGAAGGUGGUUGAAGGAGAGAAGAGAGAAGAAGAAAGAAGAGGCCAGGACCCACAAUGCCCAGCUCCAUGCUGUUGUUUCUGUUGCGGGCGUGGCUGCUGCAGUUGCUGCCAUUGCAGCUGCCACGGCGGCAGCAUCAGCAUCCGAGAAGGAUGAUCAGAUGGCAAAGACUGACAUGGCUGUUGCAUCAGCUGCAACGUUGGUUGCUGCGCAGUGCGUGGAGGCUGCAGAGGCUAUGGGAGCUGAGCGCGAUCACCUCGUUUCGGCUAUUAGCUCUGCUGUUAAUGUUCGCUCUCAUGGUGAUAUCACAACUCUCACCGCUGCUGCAGCCACUGCACUACGAGGGGCAGCUACACUGAAGGCAAGAGCACUGAAAGAAGUGUGGAAUAUUGCAGCGGUGAUACCGGUGGAGAAAGGGGUGGGAAUGAGGAUGAGUGGUAGUGUUAGUAGUAGUGAUCAAACUAGUCAUACUAAUGGUAGUAACCAUAAUGAAGGGCUUGCCCUUGAAGAGAAUUUCCUUGGUGCUUUUAAUCAAGAACUACUUGCUAGGGGCACUGAGCUUCUCAAACGCACCAGCAAAGGUGAUCUUCACUGGAAGAUUGUAUCUGUCUAUAUUCAUCGAACAGGCCAGGUGAUGCUGAAGAUGAAGAGCAGGCAUGUUGCAGGAACAAUCACCAAAAAGAAGAAAAGUGUGGUGUUGGAGGUGUGCAGAGAUGUAGCGUCGUGGCCAGGGAGGCACUUGUUCGAGGAUGGAGAGCAGCGUCGAUACUUUGGGUUGAAGACAGCAACGCGCGGAGUUGUAGAAUUUGAAUGCAAGAACCAGAAAGAAUACGACGUCUGGACGCAGGGCGUUUCUAGGUUACUCUCCAUCACAGCAGAGCGGAAGAACAAAUGUCAUAAUAAAUAAAUUGAAACAAAAUUGGUCCACUGGAAAAACACCUAGUAGUAGUAGAGUAGGGAUGGUUUGAGUGAGUUAAAUUUUGGAUCUUCUCUUUCUCCCAACCCAAUUUGGAAAAUAAAAUGUAGAGACUAAGAGCUGGGAAAUUGUUAUUUGUGUUUGUGUGGGUACUUUCCAUAAUUGAGCAGGUAGGCAUGUAGGAGAAACAAUAAAGAAUAUCCGUUACUAGAUCUUUAUUAUCUAGACAUAA